AUGCAUCCAUCAGCCGGUGGAAAGAAGACGUGCGGAUGCCGCCCAGGUUUCAACGGCUUGCGCAACGGGCCUUCUGCUCGUCUUUUCAAGCGCCCUUCUCAACAUUGCCCGCAUUUCCUCAUAAACAUCAUUUGUCAUUUGUCAAUGUGCGUGACAAAUGCUUUAUUUUUCCGGUGUUUCACGCCUUCUGGUCCGACAUCCGCGCAUUUGGCGUCCGCUGUGACAGUCGUCGGCUCAUCUCCGCGGCUUGCCUUUGUCUUGGAUAGACAGGAAAAUAUCUUUGGAGUUGAAAAAUGACCAAAGUUGCAUCGAAAAAUCCGAAAUUGGUGUUUCUGUUACAAAAAACAUACAAAAAAAAUUUUUUUGUUCCACCACUUUCGUUUAUGAAGUUUGUUCUACCUGAUACUUUCUAUACUGUAGUCAUGACAACUGUUGUUUCUAACACCUUUGUGGACUUUCAAUUGGCAGCAACAAAAUAACUUUGUUUCAAAAAGAUUGAGCUUAUGCAAAUUUGUGUGCAGAAAAAUUUUCUUAUCUUUUCGGAUGGUAAUGCAUUUUAUAUUGAACCAAGUCCUGGAAAGUGCUAAUAUAAUUUAGCUUACUUUAAAAACUAAGACCAUUACAGCCAAAGUAGAUUUUUAAUUCAGGAGAUUCCACGUUUUUAUGACUCUUCCCAUAUCUCCAUUUGAUUCUUUUUUCAUAAUCUUUGUUAUUUCCAAAGAAAAUCCUGCUACCUUCAGCUGCUCAUAAAUAAACUAAAAGCCGAUCGGCGCGGUAGUUUACAGCAAUCGGACACGAUAAAACAGUUUAUAUAGCCGUCUACCUUCACAGGUGCUCGUGUUGUGGUAAGAUUUGGGGAGACUCCGGCUCGUGCCGAUAUUUCCUGGCGACUGGCGGUUGCGUAACGGAUGCCUUCUGCCGGACCAUCAGCCUUCCGGCCAACGAUCUCGCCAAACGUCUCCGAGCGGCCAAUUAG